AUGGCGACGACUUGGCGAGACAACUCCGAUCUUGUCGGGCGCUUCAAAGCUCUGGACGCUGCCAGCGUGUCUGUCGCAGCACCCGUCAUCCCGCCGCCAUCAAACGUCGAGCAGCGCCUGCAAGAGCUGGGUCUAAGUUGGUCGCAAUUGUCUUCUGCUGCCAUGCACGCCGUGCUGUGGGACACUGGAGUAGUUGUGGGCUCGGUGGCAUCGGUGGAUACGUACUUGCAAGUGUACGUUCCAUGCGGGGUGUCCAUGAGCGGCAUUUUUAUCUCCAAGGACGAGUUUACCACAUUGCAACCCACGACGGACUGUUCUGGACCUGGCGGUACCAAGUACGCGCGCCAGCAAGGCGCGAUCGCAUCCUUUGCAUUGCUGGACCGCUUCACAAAGUGUGCUAUAGCAGAUGCUCAGCUGGCCAGUGCAAACACGACCAGCGCCUCGUAUUCCCAGGACGCCCUCCAGACUUUAGACGUUCCAUCGGUUCGACUGCUGCUUCACCGCGACGGGAGUGGGGCCACCAGGCCUGUCAUUCACACAUUUGUCGACCCGGUUUUGAGUUCUACCAGCGCAUCCUGUCCCCUCGUUUCCCAGUCUGUUGGCUUGACGAUUCCAUGCGAAUCCAGGCUCAACCAACCGGCCAACUCGAUCAACAAGUGCUUGCCCACACCGAGCUCAGCCAUGACGGCAUGGCUUUCAAGUAUCAAGUCUUCGUCAGCGUCAACUUCUGCAUCCGACACAGCAUCCGCGGAUGGUCUUUCAACGCCGGCGAUUGGAGUCAUCGCCGGAGGGUGUGCUGCCGUCGUUGUCCUUGUGCUAGGCAUGUGCUUCUACCGGCGGUGGAAGGGGUCGCAACAGCUGCAUGCCCAACUCCAGUCCGGGCCAUACAAUCCCAUGCCGCCUACCACCAACCAUUCGAUCUCGAACGUGCAAAUCGGCGACGCCGUGCCACCGAAUUGCACAUCGCGCAACGCCCCCGACGCCGCACUGUCGUCGCUGCACAAGGCAACCAGUGCCAAGCUCGAUCAAAUCCCGGCGCACCUGCGGCUGCCGUUCGCCUCAAUCUCGCGCACGCAACUCUUGGCCACGGGCGUUCGCAGCGAGGUCUACUACGGGCGGUACAACCACAAGUUGGUGGUCGCGGUCAAAGUCAUUACGCCCGACAAGGUGCAUGACCAGGAAAACAUCGAAGCAUUCGCCGAGGAAAUCCGGCUCAUGGCCAUGUUUCGCCACCCGAACAUCGUCGCGCUUGUUGGAUAUGCGUGGGACACGUCGCUCGGGUCGCUCACGGCCGUGACAGAGUACCUGUCGCAAGGCAACUUGUCGCGCUUCUUGACCGAGACCCCUGGGUUGCACUGGGACCUGAAGGCGUCGUUAGCUCUCGACGUGGCGCGAGCGCUGCAGUACUUGCAUGGGCUCCUGCAGCCCAUGGUGAUCCAUCGCGAUCUCAAGUCCACGAACAUCCUGCUCGACUGGCCUAACGCCAAGUUGUCUGGAUUUGGUGUGUCGAGACAGGCGAUGGAGGACGAGACGAUGACGGCGGGCGUCGGCAGCGCGUUCUACAUGGCCCCGGAAGCGCUGCGCAGUGGAUAUUACACAGUGUCGGCGGAUAUGUACUCGUUCGGGUGUGUGUUGUGCGAGCUCGACACACAGCAGCCACUUUACGCGAACGUCGCUGUUCCAAACAAGCGAAUCAUGUACUUCAUCCUGGAAGAAGGCUUGGUGCCGUCCGUGUCGGCGACCUGUCCGCCAGCGAUCCGAGCGCUAGCGGAGCAAUGCUUUGACCCGGACCCUUCGCUCCGCCCCACGGCCUUCGACGUUGCGCGGGACCUCGACGCGUUUGUAAACGGCAAGGGCGACAAUGGUGGCGGGCUGGUGUAG